AAAACUAAAAUUAAACAUAUUUUAUCGAUGACGUGAGCUUCAUAGAUAUAUUAUUGACAGCUCUUUUUUCAAUAGUGUGAAUGAUCAAAAGUUCAAGUUACUCAUUGUCGAGGGGUCGCAUAUUUUUUAACAUACGAAUUUUGUUAUGUUUUGUGAACGGAAUUUUAUUUUAAUCUACCAAAUUCGCAGAUGAGGGAUACGAGUCCAGUAAUUGCUCAGAAAUCAAAGCCAAGUUUAGAAAUUUAUCGUCCUCCAGGUGGAAGAUUAGAAAGACUCAUAACGGCGAGCCAACCGUUGAAUGUUCAUGCUAAAGAAUUUACAAUGAAGCACAACGAAAUUCACAAUAAUAAACCUAUGACAAACUGUGUUGACUCUCGAUCGUCGUAUUAUCUCCAGCAGAGUAAAUCCAGUGGGAAUAUACAUAGAUAUUUGUAUGCCCAGCAACAAUUACAGCCGUUGCCGUAUCAACAUCCCAGUCACAAUGUCGUCAAUUAUCAUGGUCCAUUAGUACGCCACUCUCAUGUACUCAAUACUUCAGCUUCCAGUGGAAAUAUACUUCACAUAAGUAAUCAAAAUCGUGUUCACUUUAAUGUUGAACCAAAAUCACAACAUUCAUCAUCAAAACCGGGAAAAUUAACCAAAUCUUUAUCAUUUGUAUCUUCUUAUGGAUUAAAGCGAUCCAAAAGUUUUAACAACGAUGUUUUAGUAUCAAAAGCUAACAAUAUAUCUGAUAUAGCAGCUUUAGGAAAAUUUCCUACUGCUAUUCAAGAUGUAUUAAUCAAAGCUAUUGAAGAUCCAAAUGUUCUGAAUUCUCGUUCAUUAAUGGAACUAGUUAGACAUAUUCUUACGAGAGUUGUAGAACACAAUCGAUAUGCUGAACAUGCAGCGAAAAUUUGUAUCAAAAUUAUUGAGAAAGAAACCAAAGAAACUUUUCUUGAAUCUUUGUUAAAUACUUGUCAACAGUGGUAUCAGGAUCAUACAAAAUCCUUACAAGAUAUUACAGUUUGUCAUCGCUUCUCAGCAUUCAUGACAUUCCUUAAUGAAAUGUAUUGCCAGUUAAAACGACGUCAGUUGCAAUUAAAAACACAGCACGAAGGCGUUCCUCCAGGUCGAGUUCUUUUAACAUUACUUUGGAAAUGUUGUUUGGAUUGUUUGCAACCAUCAUUUAUAAAUUCUCUUCCAGAGAUGGAGAGUUUAUUUUAUAUACUUACAUGUGUGGGGAAAGAUCUAGAUGUUGAGUUACCAAUUCAACUCGAACAACUUUUAGCGAAUGUUCGUGACACUUUUCUUGUCGAAAAUUCAACUCUUCCAUCAGUGAGAAAAAUUCUUUUGCAAAUAAUUGAACUUCAUGCAGCCCAUUGGCAACUUCCAGCUUCAGCUCUCGUUUAUUACUAUUCAAGUUCUUCAAAGUCAUAACGAUUAUGUAUUCUUAUACAACAUUUUUGCAAUAAUAACUCGGUUCUUUGCAUCUUUGUAU